AUGGUCUGGACGGGCUUGCAUUUCCUCGCCGGCUUCCUCGCGGGCGCUGGGCUGGUUGGGGGCUUCGGUCAACAUCACCCCCUUCUGCUCGAGGCCGUGGCUCGUGGAGAUGCCGAGGCCUUGCUGCGCUAUGUGAGCGACGUGUAUCCCCAGCUCCAGGACCCCUUUGACUGGCCAGGAAGUGCAGAGCUUCGAAGCCUGGCCUUCUCGCUUCGCCGGGCGGCUGCCGGGCUUGCUCCAGCACUGGCGGCCACUUGCCUGGGCCCUCGCCUGGCUGCAGCGGCGCCGCCUCCCAUUGCAGGCUUGGAAGCGGCCCUGCAGCAAGGAGAUGCAGAACUGCUCCGUGAAGCCAGGCGACUACAGUCUCUGCUGCAAGCUCCUGCGCCGGUGCUGAAGCUCGUGGCCUCCGUCGCCCAGCGGACGGAGCUGGAGGGGAGCAUGUCUCCCGACUGCCGGAUGCUGCGUGCAGGCUUUGCACGAGGUCAGUGCAACGAGAUCGCAAAUGUCGGCUUGGCGUGCAUUGAAAGCUUGGCAGAGGCCGCUCAACGCUUGGAGACUGUGGGAACUUGGGCUAUUGGAGGCCCGCAGCAGAUUGCUCGCAAGCUUCGUUGGCAGUGGCGCUCUGACUUCGGCGUGACUCGCGAAGAGGGCUUAGAAGCGCUCUUGCGACAGCAGCAGCAAACCUUGGGCGACAGGGAUCUGAACAUGGCGGAGAUCGGGGUCUGGUAUGGCGAUGUGUCAGCACACCUUCUCGCUGAAUUUCAAAAUCUUCACAUGCUCCUUGUCGAUCCCUACCACCUGCGUGCAGAAGGCGUGGCCGAAGAUCAGCCACAAGGACUGCCCGUCGAGGCAUUGGACAUCGGGACGCGACGCACGCAGCCGUUCCGGUAUCGGGCCACCCACCUCUUGCAGCACUCUGUCGAGGCAGCCGGUUGGGUGUCCAGGAAUUCUAUGGACAUUGUUUACGUCGACGGCGAUCACAGCUACGAAGGUGUUGCCUCCGACCUGAAUGCUUGGUGGCCGAUACUUCGGGAUGGUGGGGCUAUGGUGGGGCAUGACUACACCAUCACGUGGCCCGGGGUUGUCAGAGCAGUCAACGAGUUUGCAGAUGUGCACGGCUUGGACGUGAACUUCUCGGCGGAACUUUGGUGGUUUCUGAAGUCCAGGGACUGA